GCUAUUGAAGUGAGUGAUUGAUUCGCAGAAAACACUGAAGGGCCGCCGAAUGGUCGGUUCGCCAAGUGGGACCACGACAGCAUAUUUUUCAAUCUCGCCAGAGGGAAGUUAAGACAUGGUUAAUUUUGGGUGGUAUUUCGAUAUCAAUCAGGAUAAAAUUGACCUAGAAGACGUCGUUCGCAACGGUCAAACUGGACCAAACAACCUCUCUUCUCUAUCGCCAUCUGCAACCUUGAACACGCCAGUCGUCGCUUCCCGUUAUGGGACGGUUUGUUCGGGGCCUGUAGGGCGCCCGGAAGAAACAUUUGGUUUACUGUACAGUCUCGCUUCUAUGAGUAGCGACUUUGACAUUCAACACCGAAUCUCGCUGUGGGAGCAGAUGAGAAAGCGUACGAGGAUGGUCCCCCGUUUUUGGCAUUUCAAGGAGAGUCUGCUUCAUCAGUCUGGUUUCGACGAAAUGGUAGUCGACUUUUGGAUCUCAUUUGACACGAGCUUGAAUGCCAACGAUGGCUUAGGAUGCAUCCUCCACUUUGGCUGCGAUACACCUCUGAGAAUGAGAUAUGAUAAAACGAUCCUGUUGAAGCGGAUUGUUUUGAAUGAUAAUGGCCUCAGAUACUCUUGCAACUACUUGGUGGCAGCGCAGUGGUCAUUCCGGAUGACUAUUGCAAGGAACAUAUCGAAUUCCGAGCAUGGUUAACGUCGACGUUUUCAUCCGUGCUGAGUUGAAUGAGAGAAGAAGAUUCGCACGUGUGUCGUCAAUACGGUGCGAUGCUCAGCCUAGCAUGCGUCAGUUGGCCAGGAGUCAUUACCCCGUGAGCCUUCUCUAUGAGCCGAAAUACGGCUGAAACUUUCCGCAGCAUGCGUCUGAAGAGAAGAUAUUC